AUGGAGCGCCACAAGCAGGCCGUGACCAAGAUUGCCGCCGCCGUCCGGGGCUACUUUGAGCGCGGCGAGUCGUACCGCAUCUUCCACGGCUCGACAAACAGCACUCGCCCUCGUCCCGGUCCCGGCCACCGCGCCGUCGACAUCAGCGCCCUCGGCAACGUCCUGGCCGUCGACCGCGGCGCAAGGACGGCCCUCGUCGAGCCCAACGUGCCCAUGGACCGCCUGGUCGAGGCGACGCUGCGCCACGGCCUGGUGCCGCCCGUCGUCAUGGAGUUUCCCGGCAUCACGGCCGGCGGCGGCUACGCGGGCACCGCCGGCGAGAGCAGCUCGUUCCGCCACGGCUUCUUCGACGAGACGAUCAACUACGUCGAGAUGGUGCUGGGCAACGGCGAGGUCGUGCAGGCGUCGCCCCGCGAGCGCUCGGAUCUGUUCCGCGGCGCGGCGGGCGCUGUGGGCACGCUGGGCGUCACGACGCUCAUGGAGCUCAACCUCAUUGAGGCGCGCAAGUUUGUCCAGACGACGUACCACCGCACACACAGCGUGGCCGAGGCCGCUGCCCGCGUCCGCGCCGAGACGCAGGACCCCAAGAACGACUACGUCGACGGCAUCCUCUUCUCCAAGGACCACGGCGUCGUCAUCACCGGCCGCCUGACGGACGACAAGCCCGACGACCGCAAGGUCCAGACCUUUAGCCACGCCCAAGACCCGUGGUACUAUCUCCAUGUCGAGGACAAGACGCGACACACCUCGGCCGACACGCCGCUCGACGCCGUCACCGACUACAUCCCGCUGGCCGAGUACCUCUUCCGCUACGACCGCGCGGGCUUCUGGGUCGGCGCGCAGGGCUUCACCUACUUCAAGUACGUGCCCUUCACCGGCUUCUGGCGCUGGUUCCUCGACGACUUUAUGCACACGCGCAUGCUCUACCGCGCGCUGCACGCCAGCGGCGAGUCGGCGCGCUUCGUCGUCCAGGACCUGGCCAUUCCCUACGACAAGGCCGCCGAGUUCGUCGACUACACCACCGACGAGUUCGGCAUCUGGCCGCUCUGGCUGUGCCCCCUCAAGGAGACGCCCAACCCGACCUUUCACCCGACGUGCGAGACGGAGACGUCAGAAAACGGCAACACAGUCGUCCCCAAGCCCAUGCUCAACAUUGGCGUCUGGGGCUGGGGCCCCGAGAACCACGACGACUUCAUCACAAAGAACCGCGCGCUCGAGGACAAGCUUGUCCAGCUUGGCGGCCGCAAGUGGCUCUACGCCCACACGUACUACUCCGAGGACGAGUUCUGGCAGGUCUACGACAAGCCGUGGUACCAGGCCCUGCGGGAGAAAUACAGCGCCACGACGCUGCCCUCGGUCUACGACAAGGUCAAGAUUGACAUUGAGGCGAGCAGGAGGGAGCGGCAGCUGUGGAAGAAGUCGCUCAAGAGCAAGUGGCCUGUGGGCGGAUUGUAUGGUAUCUGGAGGAGUAUUCUGACGAGGGACUACAACCUGCAUAGACAUGCGGAGUGGAAAUACAAGGGAGAUGAAUGA